AUGGAAUGUCAUGACGCCUCACGCGUUCCUAAAUACAUGCAAUACCUGGAGGAUCAGAGGCAAAUCCUAAAAGAUGCCCAAUCUCGCAGGGGCCAGCCAGUCGAACUGACAAAGUCCCGCGAGGAGAUAAUAAACCAGUUUAUUCAUCGCUACUUGGCGGAGACUACCACACCGGUGGACAAGAAUGCAAUUCGCACCUCUUUUGUCCCUCCUGCAUACCCACCUUCCAUUGCGGCUUUGGGAGAAUUGAAGAAGAUCCCCAUCAAGGAUCUUACCAUCGAGACUCAUCAUCGUGGCUCCUACAUCCUCUUGAGAGCAGUUACCCCUGCGUUUAGGAAGACAGGAAUCGUGACCGUGGUGGAAGAUGAGGAAGGAGACGUUCUUGCCUUGCAACUGUAUAACCAGGAUAGGGACCUCAUCACCGAUGGGCGGCUCGUUGAUGGAACAAUCAUGCUUAUAAAAGAGCCAUAUCUUAAAGUAAUGGGCGAUGGAGACUGUGGGUUGCGAGUCGACCACCUAUCUGAUAUCAGGUUCAUCCUUGAGGAUGAUUCUAUGGUGCCCUCAAUCUGGAGAGACGAGUCAGAAGUUGAUCGUUCUGCCAACUCUUGGAAAACAAUGGGAAAUGACUUCUACAACGAUAAGGACUUUCGACUUGCUAUAAACUGUUAUUCCAAAGCUCUAAAUCGUUCCACUACUGCAAAAGAAGAACUUACCAUAAGGCUCAACCGUGCUCAGGCAUUCCUCAAAACCCAUCAGUUCGACGCGGCUCUGCGUGAUGUUGAACGCAUUCUAUUCAAUGAUAGAUCUGCUGAGAAAGCACUGUUCCGUAAAGCCCAAGCCCUUUACUAUCUUCAGAGAUUUCAAGAGUGCUGUGAUGUUUACGUAGACCUGUGCAAGGCCUAUCCAGACAACGCCACCGCUAAGAGCGAGUUUGCGCGUGCUGCAGCGCGACUGGCAGAGCAGCAGACUGGCAAGUAUCCAUUCAAAGAAAUGCAGGAUGAGGCAACAAAACUUAAACCCCCACAUUUGGACCACGCAACGUAUGUCGGCCCUGUUGAGGUGAGGCCCUCUACCCAUGGACGUGGUUUGUUCACAACACAGGCGGUCCGUGCCGGUGACCUACUUCUUUGUGAAAAAGCCUUUGCGUAUGCUUUCCAUGAAGAGGGUGAUAUGACCAACGUUUCGAUAUUGGUGUACGCCGAUACAGACAGUAUGAAAGUAGGUACCCAAGCCGAACUGAAUAGUCUCAUCGUACGAAAGCUGCACAACAACCCAUCGUUAAUUCCGACAUUUAAUGAUCUAUACCAUGGCUCAUAUAUGUCUGUGGGUGUCUCUGAGGUCGACGGUUCACCCGUCGUUGAUACUUAUCUGGCUGAGCGAGUAAUGUCACUCAAUGGUUUCGGCUGCUCGGUCACCUCACGUACAGCACACAUAUGCAGGAUUAAUGCCGACAACGGGGAUCUUGAUACUGAUAAUGAACGCUUUGAUUCCAGUGGAAUCUGGCGUCUCGCAUCUUACGUAAAUCACUGCUGUUAUCCGAAUACAUACCGUGCAUUCAUCGGAGAUAUGAUGGUACUCCGCGCUACACAGGAUCUUCCCGCAAACACAGAGCUCAAAUUCUGGUAUCGAACACCCGUGGAUGACGGUACUGCAGAGAACGUAUACCAGAAAUAUUGGGGAUUCCAGUGUGACUGCGCAAUUUGUCAUGAUGUGCGCAAAACAGGGGAAGCUGGUUUGGCGAAGCGACGAGAACUCAUGGCUGCUUCGGACUCGUCCAUGAAUUACAUAGCAAACGCCUACAAAUCCUCAUUCAGUCUCCAGGAGCAGACUGCUGCAAUUAACAUGACAGAAGCUGCCAUUGCUAUGAUUGAGCAAACGUAUCGGCGAUCACCCUUGGAAGUGCCCCGUCUUGGGAUCUGUAAAACAGGGUUGUUUUUGGCAGAGGUGCAUGCCACCCACGGUCGUUGGCGGAAAGCUAUUGGAUAUGCUAUCAGAACGCUGCAAUCCCUCGGCUACGUGAUCGAAGGCUGGCAAAUUCCGUAUAAAAAAGGUAGGCAGUUGCGCGUCACACGAUGGGGACUGGCAAUGGACGUCCUUGUUCGGUGUUGGAUGAUCCUUUGCUGCACGUAUGGCGAGGUGGCACCUGAGCUUGCUGACCACGCUGAAUACUACGCUAGGAUGACGUACAAAAUCUGCAUUGGUGAGGAUGAGACAUUUGGGGAUACCUAUAAUCGGUACUGCGGCCGAGUCGAUGGAAUGGUCGUGCACAGUAGUUGA